GCCCUCUCAUUUUCAUUCUUCCAGCCCACUAACCCCUUAUCUCCAAAGAUCAAAGUUCAAUUUAAGAUUCUUCAUCGCCUCCUGCUGCCAUUCAACUCCAAAACGAAAAAAUAAUGAUGGACUCUCAGGAGCAUAUUGUAAUGCUACCAUUCCUGGCACAUGGACAUCUCAUACCAUUUCUUGACCUCGCAAAGCAGCUGCAACAAAGAACUGGUUUCACCAUCACCAUUGCCAGCACCAAGCUCAACAUCCAGUACCUCCGCUCCUCCAUUUCUACCGACUCUGAUUUCAAAAUCCUCUUUGCCGAGCUCCCCUUCUGCAGCUCUGCCCACGACUUACCUCCCAACACCGAGAACACCGAGAACUUGUCUCUGGACAGAGUGAUAAAGCUCUUUUAUGCGUCCCAGAGUCUCGAAUAUCCUCUCUUGCGCCUUCUCAAUGAUAUCAUAGACCAAGAAGGGCGACCUCCACUUUGCAUAAUUUCCGACAUUUUCUUUGGGUGGGCUGUUGAUGUUGCAAAGAGUGUGGGCACCGUGAACGUCUCGUUCAGCACCGGUGGCGCCUACGGCACCUUGGCCUACUUCUCGUUUUGUCUGAACCUCCCACAUCGUUCUACAGAUUCCGAUGAGUUCCUGGUACCGGGCUUCCCAGAAAGUGUUCGUUUCCAUCGCUCUCAACUGCAUCAAUAUCUGAGAGCUGCUGAUGGUACAGACGUGUGGUCUAAGUUUAUGCAGCCGCAGUUUUCACGUUGCCUGGAGUCUUCUGGGUGGCUCUGUAACUCAGUCGAGGAAAUCGAACCUUUGGGCCUGGAUCUUCUCAUGAAAUAUAUCCGACUUCCUGUUUGGGCUAUUGGUCCACUUCUUCCCCCAGCGGCUCUUAAGAGCUCGUCCUCCUCACACGCACGUGUUUCAAGACAACGUGCAGGGAAAAAACCAAGUCUCCCACUUGAAAAGUUCCUGGAGUGGCUUGAUUUGCAAAGUCCCAAUUCGGUCCUCUACAUUUCUUUUGGUUCUCAGAACACUAUCGGUGCCUCCCAGAUGAUGCAAUUAGCCAUUGGCUUGGAGGGGAGUGGAAAAUCUUUCAUAUGGGUCGUGAGGCCACCCCUUGGUUUCGACCUGAACGGUGAAUUCCGAGCUGAGUGGUUGCCAGAGGGAUUUGAAGAACGAAUGAAACAAAGCAGAAGAGGUUUGAUUGUUCGCAACUGGGCGCCCCAGUUGGACAUUCUAUCACACAAAUCGACGGGAGCUUUUCUGAGUCAUUGCGGGUGGAACUCGACGUUAGAAAGCUUAAGCCAGGGCGUACCGAUUGUAGGGUGGCCAAUGGCGGCAGAGCAAGCGUUCAAUUCAAAGAUGUUAAUGGAGGAGAUGGGUGUGAGUGUGGAGUUGACAAGAGGGAUUCAAAGUGUGAUUGAGGCGAAGGAGGUGAAGAGGGUCAUAGAAUCUGCCAUGGACGAACACGGAAAAGGGGAGGAUAUGAGGAAGAAGGCAGCUGAGAUUAAACAGCUGAUAAAGUUAGCAGUACGAGAAGAGGGAGAAGAGAAGGGUUCUUCUUUGAAGGCAGUGGAUGAAUUUGUGAGAACCGUUCUCUACAAGAGACAAGAGUAGCCAUGAAUGGCCGAUCCGUGUUUGAAAAUCUCAGCAAAAUCAGAUUAAUUUUCCGUUGGUUAAUUCAUCGGGAUUGCCAACUUUUUUCGUGGUUAUUUGUGAGCUUAGGAUGGUUUAAUUUUGUUGCUUGGAAUGGAUUUUACCGACACUGGUUCAGCGAGAGAAUAAAAUUAUGCAUUCUUUUUGUUUUUUGGUCA